AUGCUGUCCGGUGGACUACUUGUCUACUUUCUGAUGCCGCCCCGAAAUCCUCGUCAGAUCCCUUCAGUCCCAUUUUGGGUGACCUUGCUACCCCUUUUCCGAGAGGUUGAUCAGCAAGAACUAUUUCGCAAAUAUAUCGCCAAGCCAUUGUACAAGCAUGGCGCAAUCAAGAUAUUCUUCGGGGGCCAAUGGAAUGUGAUUGUCCAACGCUCGUCGUAUCUUUCAGAGGUAUUCAAGAAAGAGCAAAUAUACAACAAAAGCGGCAACCAGAAAAAGAUCCCACACAGUCUGCUUGCCGAAUUUCUUGGGUCCAAUAUAAUAUCUGCCCGAGCUGAUGAGUGGCGUUUGUACCGAUCGGUGAUUCAGCCAGGAUUACAGACCGUGUUUGAAACAGAGCCUCUAUUCGACAAUGCGCAGCGGCUCGGUGAACAUCUAUACCAAAUGCAAACCAUUGCUCCGAGUCAUGGAGUACCGAUCCAGGGUAUUCUCCAGCGCUAUUCCAACGCAAACCUGCUCCACUGUGUUUUUGAUAAUCCGGGGCUGAGUGAUCAACUGAUGGAUAUUGAACACGAGGUUCCACUUCAUUCAACGCAGCUGACUCUAAAGCAAUAUCUAUUUCGCCCUAUUUUUAUGAACUUCCCUGUUCUAGACCGGCUCGGAUCGCUGAUAGCAUCUCGCUCUAAGGCUCGAGCUUUGAUACAUGAAUUCUCAACCCUAUUGCAGACCCAAAUCCUCCAGGAUUCAAGCAAGGGUAGAUCUGAAAGACCAAAGUCUCUUAGGAUCCAACUUGUAGCCGCACGGAAGGAUGGGGUCCUCACCGAUAAGCAGCUCCGCGAUAAUCUCAACGUGCUCUACGUGGCUGGGCAAGAGAAUCCACAACUCUUAAUGAUCUCAGCCUUGUACCUUUUAGCCAAGUACCCAAGCAUACAAGAGAAACUCCGUCACGAGGUAGAUACCUAUGGCCCAAUAGACUCCACUAUUAACUGGCGGUGCCUUCCAUACUUGACCGCCACGACCCUCGAAUGUCUCCGAUUAUUCCCACCCAUCUCUCAAUUAAUCAACAGACAGGUGGCCGAGCCUACAUGGCUAGGGGGUGAGAUCUACCUGCCCCCAGGCACAUACAUUGGGUAUAACAGUUACGCCACGAACCGAGAUCCGACCGUCUGGGGAGCAAAUGCGGAUACGCCCCACCCGGAGCGAUGGGGCUCCACCGACGAGCAGAUAUGCGCCAACUAUCGAGGCGCUAAGGCUCGAGCUGAGUUCAUCUCUUUUCAUGGUGGCUCCCGCGCAUGCCUAGGAGAAAAGUUUGCUUUGCUCGAGAUCAAGGUUACGCUGUUUGUUCUUGUCAAGAAUCUAAAAUGGGGACUGGAUGCGAGCUGGGAGGAUUGCAUGACGCCGGCUGGUCCCCUGCAUCCGAGAGGUGCUCGUCUUAUGUUCACCAAGGUGUAG